GCUGCUUUUCAAGGUGCUGAUCUCUGCUUUUACCUUCUUUUACUCUUUUCAACGCUUCCAUUAUCCGCCUCUAUUUCGUUGCCUCGUCCUUCAGUUUCAAACUCCCUCUCUUCUUCUUGACGAUUCAGUCCGCAGAUUGUUUCUUUACAAUUAACAAAUAUAACACAUGGAGGAAUUCCACUACGAAGAGGUGCAGCUGUCUGAGAUGACGUUGGAGGACGGCGUGCUGCGUUUCCCGUGUCCGUGCGGCGACCUCUUCGAACUUCUUCUGGAAGAUUUUAUUGCAGGCAAAGAUGUUGCGCAGUGCCCAACGUGCUCGCUGACUAUCAAAGUGCUCUUCUCCGCAGAGGAGAAGCACUGUUUCCUGGCCUCGAGCCGCACCGGCGCGACCUGUGUGGCGGUUGCGUAA